AUGGUGGUGCAAGUUUCCUCUCCAUGUCUUCCCCCAACUCCAACAUAUAAUCCCAUGGCGGAAGAAGGGGCAACGAAAGGCUUUGUUUUCUCGCCUGAGCUGCAGGUUUUGAGGCAGGAAAAGGGAGAACUUUGGCUGCUCCAAAGAGAACUUGAAACAAUAAUAGAACUCUUAGAUAUAGCCGUAGCCCCCGCUGCCUCCUCCUUCCUUCCUUCCUUCUUGCGAGCCCCUCGAGGCGGGCAUCCCUCGCCGGCCCUUCUCUCUCAGGGGCGAUGCUGGGUCGGUCGGGGCUGUCGCGGCGCUGCUGGCGGUGCUGUUCCCGGCGCGGGAGGCGUCGGGGGGGCGUCGUGCGAGGCGGUGCGGAUCCCGCUGUGCCAGUCUCUGCCCUGGAACAUGACCAAGAUGCCCAACCACCUGCACCACAGCACCCAGGCCAACGCCAUCCUGGCCAUGGAGCAGUUCGAGGGCCUGCUGGGCGUCCAGUGCAGCGCCGACCUGCUCUUCUUCCUCUGCGCCAUGUACGCCCCCAUCUGCACCCUCGACUUCCAGCACGAGCCCAUCAAGCCCUGCCGCGCCGUCUGCCAGAGGGCCCGCGCGGGGUGCGAGCCCGUCCUCCGCAAGUACGGCCACGCCUGGCCCCCCAGCCUCGCCUGCGAGGAGCUGCCCCUCUACGACCGCGGCGUCUGCAUCUCCCCCGAGGCCAUCGUCUCCGCCGGAGAGGAGGGCGCCGAUUUCCCUAUGGAUUCUAAUAAUGGCAACUGUAGAGGAAGCAGCACUGAGCGCUGUAAAUGCAAGCCUAUAAAAGCUACCCAGAAGACUUAUCUUCGGAACAAUUACAACUAUGUCAUUCGGGCUAAAGUGAAGGAAGUGAAGACCAAAUGUCACGACGUCACUGCAGUAGUUGAAGUAAAGGAGAUUCUGAAAUCUUCCUUGGUGAACAUUCCCAGAGACACUGUUAACCUGUACACAAACUCUGGUUGCCUGUGCCCACCUCUCAAUGCAAAUGAAGAAUACAUUAUCAUGGGUUAUGAAGAUGAAGAACGCUCCAGAUUACUCUUGGUUGAAGGCUCCAUAGCUGAGAAAUGGAAAGAUCGUCUUGGUAAAAAAGUGAAGGAUGCCAGUAAGGUGUUUGCUCAAGUUUCCAGAGAACCCAAUCAAGUUGGACUAUGCGCUGGGAUCAGAAACUCCGUCAUCCGGGCAAAGGCAGAAAUGAACCUGGACAAAGCGAUUCUGCUCAGAAAUCUGGACGAACCACCAAUCCACGGCAAAGGCGCAACUAGAAGAAAAAUGGCACGUGUCAGAAAAAGACAAGAAAAGAAACCAAGUAAAAUAAUCCAUGGACUUGUGUAAAUUAAAGACUUGCCUUGAUGGAGCAGCAAAGAAGAAAUUGCACUAUUGCGUGUUGCAUUCUAUUGUUUACUAUGAGAUCCUGUUGUAGCCAGUAUUAGUUUUAGUUCUCCCUUUGUGUUUCCUGGUCCCUUGUUAUUUGCAGGAAUAGCAGCACUCAGAAAAAUUGUAUAUUAUGCUCACAGAUGUUGGUUGGUUUACUGGCAUAUAGGAUGCAGUUAGCCAAUGCCAUGGUAAUGGUUAUUGAGUGUUACUCCAGUACAGAAAUCUGUGUGCCCUUGCAUACAGAUUUCUGGCCUAUGCAGGCUGCCCUUUCAGAGUGGCAUGAUACAAAUGCCCAUAUCCAUGUCUAUGCAUAAAUAAUUGGUGGACCAGGAAAGAGGUUUGUGAAAGUAGCGACUUGUUGCAAAGGUAGUGACUAGUUACAGAUGGGCUGGUCAGAUUAUUACCUCCCUAAAUUAAAGUUAGUCCAAGAUGAGAUUAAGUUUUUCUGACCCUCCUACCAAGUGCAACGCUUAGAAAUCCUUGACAUCCUUGCUGACAAUAUUUCAACAAAGCCUCCAUGCAUACAUCCCAAUAUGUGUCUUCCCCAAGUAUGUGUUUCAGUAGCCUGCAUACAAUCAGGGAAUCAGGUGCAUGAUUUGGAUUUAGGGAGAACAGGAAAGAUGGGCAGGGAGGUGCUCUUUUGUUGCCCUACAAUAUAAUCUAUAUUUGGAGAUUUUUAAAAAAUGUAAUCUGAAUUGCCCCACUGUUGCAGGAAAUGGUGAACUCAAGUGUGCCUUCAGAAUUUGCUUCCCCCCUUCAACCUAUGAAAAAUGCAAAGGCACAGUAUACUGUACACACAUAUUAAGAAAUA